UCAUUAGACCUGCCUCCACAAUACUUAUUAGUGAUUGAUCAUCUCUCUCUCUCUCUGCAUUUGAAUUGAUUUUGCAAAUCUCAUCAUCUUCCUUGAUCAAUCGAAAGGAGAUUCUGUUAUAAAAAGAAAAAGGAAUCGUUGAGUUUAAUUUGCUCAAUGGUGGUGAUGGAGAGUUGCGGAAGUAGAGUCUUACCCAUGAUGUCGGAGGCGGCCAUGGAGCGUCGUGAGCGGAUGAAAGUGGAGGUGUUCGAAGAGGUCAUCCUUCGUCUCCGUCAAUCUGAUAUCAUUGACACGGAUCUCCCCGGUUUCGUGGACGACCUCUGGGCUCACUUCAAUCGCCUCCCGGCCCGGUAUGCAUUGGAUGUGAAUAUAGAGAGGGCUGAAGACGUUGUCAUGCACCAUAGAUUGCUUCUUUCGGCUCUUGAUCCACAUAACAGGAGGCCUGCUAUCCAAGUUCGUCUCGUCCAGGUUCAACAACCUCCACCUGACUCGGACUCUCUUUCUUCUCCUCCCAGAAGAAAAAGAAGCAUUCAUCCUCCGCCUGCCUUUGGUUCAUCUCCCAAUCUCGAAGCACUUGCACUUGCUGCCCAUGACCAUGACCACGAUGAGGGCGACAACUCUGUGCGUAACAAUUCUCUCUAUUCCCGUCCCCUGCAUGAGAUCACCUUUUCCACACUAGACAAACCUAAACUCCUUUUGCAGUUAACUGCAUUGCUUGCUGAGCUUGGGCUGAAUAUUCAAGAGGCGCAUGUUUUUUCUACAACCGAUGGCUUCUCACUCGAUGUUUUUGUCGUUGAUGGUUGGCCGUACGAGGAAGUAGACAGACUUAGAGUGGCAUUGGAGACCGAAGCAGCAAAGAUUGAGUUGCAGGAUCAAAGCUGGCCUAUGCAGCAAUCCUUCUCUCCUGAAAAGCAAAACGGGACAGCGAAAGAUCAUGUCGUAAUACCCACUGAUGGAACUGAUGUUUGGGAAAUCAACCUUAAACAAUUAAAAUUCGGGCAUAAGAUAGCAUCUGGUUCUUAUGGAAAUCUGUAUAAAGGUACAUACUUAAGCCAGGAAGUUGCUAUCAAAAUCCUCAAGCCAGAGCGUCUAGAUUCUGAGCUAGAGAAAGAGUUUUCCCAAGAAGUCUUUAUUAUGAGGAAAGUUAGGCACAAAAACGUUGUUCAGUUCAUUGGUGCUUGCACCAAGCCUCCACAUCUCUGUAUUGUUACAGAAUUCAUGCCCGGUGGAAGUGUAUAUGACUAUCUACACAAGCAAAAGGGCGUGUUUAAGCUUCCAGCUUUGUUUAAAGUAGCUAUAGAUAUUUGCAAAGGGAUGAACUACUUGCACCAAAAUAACAUAAUUCACAGAGAUUUGAAGGCUGCCAACCUUCUAAUGGACGAAAAUGAGGUUGUUAAGGUUGCAGAUUUUGGGGUGGCUAGAGUAAAAGCACAAACUGGAGUUAUGACAGCUGAAACUGGAACAUAUCGGUGGAUGGCUCCGGAGGUGAUAGAACACAAGCCAUAUGAUCACAAGGCAGACGUUUUCAGCUACGGGAUUGUGCUAUGGGAGUUGUUGACUGGCAAGCUUCCAUAUGAAUACAUGACGCCAUUGCAGGCAGCCGUAGGGGUGGUCCAAAAGGGAUUAAGGCCGAAAAUACCGAAGAAGACGCAUCCGAAAAUGAGAGAGCUAAUGGAGAGAUUGUGGGAGAAGGAUCCAAGCCUGAGACCAGACUUCGCAGAGAUCAAAGAGCAGCUAGAAGAGAUAGCCAAGGAAGUAGGAGAAGAGGGGGAGGAGAAGAAAAAAGCAUCAAGAGGAGGAGGGGGUAUCUUUGCAGCACUGAGGAGAAGUGCAACAACACAUCAUUGAAUAACAUACAUAGAUGGAUUUGCAUAUGAUAUUUAUAUAUAUCUCGACAGUGUAUGUCAAAUUGAAGAGUGUGUAUUGUUGGUUGGUUCAAUUGAUUUUGUAAGUUAUUAUAUACUCAAAACUCUCUUGUUGAUGUAGAAAGAAUUAAAAGACUCAUUUUGUUGUU